CGGAAGUGCGGGUGGGCGCGGAGCCCCGCGGGGACCGGAGCGGCGCGCCCGGCCGGGUGCCGUAGCUGGCAGCGGGGAGCGCGGUCCCGGAGCCGCCCGGCCCUGCCAUGGGCCUCCUGUCGGACCCGGUGCGCCGGCGCGCGCUCGCCCGCCUGGUGCUGCGCCUCAACGCGCCGCUCUGUGUGCUGAGCUACGUGGCGGGCAUCGCCUGGUUCCUGGCGCUGGCUUUCCCGCCGCUGACCCAGCGCACUUACAUGUCGGAGAACGCCAUAGGCUCCACUAUGGUGGAGGAGCAAUUUUCGGGCGGAGACCGUGCCCGGAGCUUUGCCCGGGACUUCGCUGCUCACCGCAGGAAGACGGGGGCCCUGCCAGUGGCUUGGCUGGAGCGGACGAUGCGGUCAGUGGGGCUGGAGGUCUACACGCAGAGUUUCUCCCGGAAACUGCCCUUUCCAGAUGAGACCCACGAGCGCUAUAUGGUGUCAGGCGUGAACGUUUACGGCAUCCUCCGGGCCCCGCGCGCCGCCAGCACAGAGUCCCUGGUGCUUACCGUCCCCUGCGGCUCUGACUCUACCAACAGCCAGGCUGUCGGGCUGCUGCUGGCACUUGCUGCCCACUUCCGGGGGCAGAUCUACUGGGCCAAAGACAUCAUCUUCCUGGUGACAGAACACGACCUCCUGGGCACUGAGGCCUGGCUUGAAGCCUACCACGACGUCAAUGUCACUGGUAUGCAGUCCUCCGCUCUGCAGGGCCGGGCGGGGGCCAUCCAGGUGGCUGUGGCCUUGGAGCUAAGCAGUGAUGUGAUCACCAGCCUGGAUGUGGCUGUGGAGGGGCUCAACGGGCAGCUGCCCAACUUGGACCUGCUCAACCUCUUCCAGACUUUCUGCCAGAAAGGGGGCCUGCUGUGCACACUGCAGGGCAAGCUGCAGCCCCAGGACUGGACAUCAGUAGACAGGCCGCUGCAGAGUGUGCAGACACUGCUACUCAUGGUUCUGCAACAGGCCUCUGGCCGCCCCCACGGCCCCCACGGCCUCUUCCUGCGCUACCGCGUGGAGGCUCUGACUCUCCGUGGCGUCAAUAGCUUCCGCCAGUACAAGUACGACCUGGUGGCAGUGGGCAAGGCUCUGGAGGGCAUGUUCCGCAAGCUCAACCACCUCCUGGAGCGUCUGCAUCAGUCCUUCUUCUUCUACCUGCUGCCCGCGCUCUCCCGCUUCGUCUCCAUUGGCCUCUACAUGCCGGCCGCCGGCUUUCUGCUCCUGGUCCUUGGUCUCAAGGCUCUGGAACUGUGGAUGCAGCUGCAUGAGGCUGGCGUGGGUCCCGAGGAGGCUGGGGGGGCCGCCGGGUCCAGUCCUCCUUUCCUGCCAACACAGAGCGUGGGGCUGGCCUCGCUUGUGGCGCCCUUGCUGAUCUCCCAGGCGGUGGGCCUGGCCCUCUACCUCCUGCCGGUGCUGGGUCAACAUGUGGCCGCCCAGCACUUCCCCGUGGCUGAGGCCGAGGCCGUGGUGCUGACGCUGCUGGCUGUCUAUGCAGCUGGCCUGGCGCUUCCACACAACACCCACCGGGUCGUGAGCACACAGGCCCCAGACAGGGGCUGGAUGGCCCUGAAGCUGGUAGCCUUGAUCUGCCUGGCCCUACAGCUGGCCUGCAUCACCCUCACCAACUUCUCUCUGGGCUUUCUGCUGGCUGCUACCAUGGUGCCCGCCGCCGCACUCACCAAGCCCUCUGGGCCCCGGCCCCUCUAUGCUGCCCUGCUGGUGCUGACGAGCCCAGCAGCUAUCCUCCUGAGCAGCCUGUUCCUGUGGCGGGAGCUGCAGGAGGCACCACUUUCCCUGGCGGAGGGCUGGCAGCUCUUCCUGACAGCGCUGGCACAGGGCGUGCUGGAACACCACGUCUAUGGCGCCCUGCUUUACCCGCUGUUGGCUCUGGGCCUCUACCCAUGCUGGCUGCUCUUCUGGAACGUGCUCUUCUGGAAGUGAGGAGGACGGCUGGGAACUCCCCGAGCGCCCCGAAUUCUCCCCUCCCUGGGAAAUAAACAGAUGUUUUGUGUCA